AUGAGUAAUUUAUUUAAUUUACCUUUUUCGUUUUCAACAAAUCCACAAACAUUUAAAAAUUUAUUACAACAUCGAUUAAAUAUUCAAACAAAUUCUAAUGAUGAUAAAUGGUCCGAAAAGGCCAUUAAAGGUUUAAUUAAACGUUUAACUAAAUCAUCAAUGAUUGAUGAUUUACAAUUAGCAUUAGAUACAAAAAAUCCACAAACACGUUGUGUUACAAUACCAAGAGAUGCACAAAAUAAAUUAGUUGAACCAAAUCCAUCGACAACAGUGCGAAAAGCAUUUCAUGAUAUAACACCUGUUAUUGCAUUUUGUCGUAUAUGGCGUUGGCCAGAUUUAAAUACUCAUUUAGAAUUACGUCCUAUUAGUACAUGUGUAUAUGCAUUUCAACAGGAAAAAGAUCAGAUAUGUGUGAAUCCUUAUCAUUAUGAACGUGUUAUUGCACCAUUUAUUCCACCGGUUUAUAUACCUGUGUCAGAUCGAGCUGUAUUUGAUUCUACAAAAAGUGAACGUUUUCAACCAGAUUCAACUGUAUCCAUGGAUUGUUUAACACCAAUAUCUGAUCAACAACGUACAGCUGUAAAUAGUCCAGCAAGUGUACAAGAAAAUUUUGAAGCAAUGACGCCAACACCAACAACAGUGAAUAUUCCAACAACCGCAAUAUCUUUUGUUGAUACACCAUGUUGGUGUUCAAUUGUUUAUUAUGAAUUAAAUCAACGUGUUGGCGAAACAUUUCAUGCAUCAUUAAAUUCACUUGUUAUUGAUGGAUAUUGUGAUCCAAAUGCAUCUGAUCGAUUUUGUCUUGGUUCAUUAACAAAUGUUAAUCGAACUUCAGAAAGUGAAGCAUGCAGGAGAAUGAUUGGUCAUGGUGUUCGACUUUAUUAUAUUGGAGGAGAAGUUUUUGCUGAAUGUCUAUCUGAAUCACCAAUAUUUGUUCAAAGUCCAUGUUGUAAUCAACGUUUUCAAUGGCACCCAGCCACUGUUUGUAAAAUUCCACCACGUUGUAAUUUAAAGAUCUUUAGUAAUUCUGAAUUUGCCCAAAUGUUACGGGAUACAAUUCAACAUGGUAAUGAAGCUGUUUACAAUCUUACACGAAUAUGUUCUAUUCGUAUGAGUUUUGUUAAAGGUUGGGGAGAAGAAUAUCGACGACGUACAAUUAUGAGUACACCAUGUUGGGUAGAAAUUCAUUUAAAUGGUCCAAUGCAAUGGUUAGAUAAUGUUCUUCAACAAUUACCAGCACCGGGUCCUAUGUCCAGCAAAUAG